GUUCAGAAGAAAGAGGCGAGUAGUGAGGAGGAAAGCGAAGAGGAGGAGGUUGAAGCAGAAGAGGAAGAGGAGGCCACAGAUGAUGAGGAGGAAGACGAGGAGGAAGAUGAGGAGGCAAGGGACGGGAUGAACGAAGAGAGCGAGGAGGAGGAUGAGAGUGAGGAUAGCGAAAUUUGUGGCUGUGAUGUGGAGGCUGCGCCUGUUGUCGCGACCCGAAAGCGAGGAGCAAGCAAUCGCGACGAGAGCAGCGACGAGCGGCUCCCCCUUGCCAAGGACAAGAUAGAAGAGAAGCUGGACAGGCUUCUGAAGAUGCUGUCCCCGCCACCAGUGCCUCAGAGCGCCAUGGCACAGCCUGUGGCAAUCUCAACAGACACUGCAGCAGCAGAAGCUUCGGAAGCUGAAAGCUCGGAGCAGCCCGAGGAGCCCAGCGCAACAGCGGAGAAUGGUGUGGAAGGGGCAGAACUUCCGGCAGAGCCUGAAGCAGAAGAAACUUCGGAGCUCCCAGCCCUGGCCCCGCCAGCAGAGCUCAGUGCACGAGCAGAGACAAGCGUGGAAGAGGUAGAACUUCCAGCCGAGCCUGAAGCAGCAAUAGCUUCGGAGCUGCCAGACUCUGCGCCGCCAGCAGAGCCCAGCACACCAGCAGAGACUGGCGUGGAUGAGGGCGUGACAGAAUCAGCGGGCGCACCCGUUUUUGGCAGUUCCGGGGAGCCACCAGCGGAGGAUCCACCUGAGACCCUCGCAGAGCCCACCGAACCAGCGGGAAGCCCUGCACUCCUUGGGGAGCCAGCAGAGCCUGACACCCUCGCUGAGCCAGCGGACCCUGAGAGCUCUUUGGAGCCAGCAGAUACUGUGGCAGAGCCAGCCAAAACUGAGGCUUCCCCAGCACCGGCGGAGCCCAUAGCACAGGAUAGCAUCCCUGAGCCAGCAGCAUCUGAGGGCUCUACGACAGUGGUGGAGCCAAUGCAAACAGCGGAGUUUGAUGGCGCAGACCAUCCAGCGGAAUGA